GAUGGCAGUGGAAAUCAGCUGAUUUUGACGGCGGGAAUAGGUUAUGGCAUGACAACUUUGAUGUUUACUUUUUUUUAGUGGUUAAAUAAGCGAAAAUGUUAAAAAUUACAAAUCACUUUGUAAAUAUUGCUCAAAAUGGUGCACCUAUCCGUCAAUUGUCGUGCACGGUGGUGCGUGCAUUGGACCAGAAGUGGCGUGAACAGAAAGGUUUCCCUGGAAAUCCCAAUGCGUUUGGGCCGGUGACAAACAUGCCCGACUACACCUUCUUAGAUGGAAGGCCCACACCCCUCGGUUCCAAUCAAAAGCGUCGCAUCAAGAAGCAACAAGAGAUUGCAGCUAAAAUCGUAACACUAAAUAGUGAAUUAGAUUUUGCAAAGAGACGUUAUGCGCGUAUACAAGCAGAAAGAAAGGCAGAAAAAGAAAAUGUAAUUAAGAGUAAGCUAAAGCCAAAGGGUCAUUUAAUGCUCAAAAAGGAUUAAUUUUCACAAUUGUAAUGUAUAAAUAUGUUGGCCAACUAGAAAAAUAGUUUGAGUAAUAAAAAUAUAGAAUACCA